AUGGCUUUCGGAAACUCCUCCUUCAACUCGAACACCAAGUACAAAAUCGAAUGGGACUCAGAAGCCGUCUGCGUACGCCACGGCAACCACACCAACGGUGAAUGCCGCGCCCAGAACAACCCCAACGCAAAAUGCGUCCUUCACGGCGGUCACUCCAACCGCGACUGUCGUUCGCAGGCAUCGCGUGCGCCUCCGGUUCGGUUUCCUGCUCCUCUUUUCCAGCAGAGUCAGGCUCCUCGCUCCCCUCAGCAAGGCUCGUACCUCACUCAGGCUCCACGCCCACCACAACCAGCCAAUCCGAACUCAGCUUGGGGUCUCGCGGCAUCUCAAUUCGCAGAGCAAGCGGAAAAGAAUCGUCUUGCCAACAUCCAGCGCCUCGAGAAGCUGAAUUUGGAGAGAGAGCGUGGUGGUGCUGCUGUUCAGCCUGUGCAGCACGCUCCCGAGGGAAACGGCUACCGUUUCAAGGAGACGUUCAAGUACACGGGUGCUAAGAAGGGCGUUCCGGAGAAGGGUGCCGUGGGCGGAGGAAUGGAGCAGGGUAAGGUGGAGGAGACUCCAGCACCACGUCGCACGGUCGUUCCGCCGCAUGUGGCUCAUGCUGAGCGCCUGAAGGCGGCGAAGCUGCGCGAGCAGCAGGGUGGUGGUGGAGAGAAGGAGGGGAAGUGA